AUGGUUUUUACUUUCGUCAAACCCAUUAAGUCUGGGCCAUUAAGGUUUAUUUCAUUCUGCCCCUGUAGGGAUUUUCUUUUCUGAGGGCGUGUGAUGUUGGUGUGACAUUUCUACACCUGCAAGUGCGACCUUUCAACUCGGCCACAUCACAAGAUGCUUUGAAGUGACCGCAGGAGCACACACAGGGAGGACAGUCCGACACGGGUUAAAUAGCCGGGACGGGAGAUCACAACACUACACAACCUUAGCAUAUAGGUGAACACGCAAAGUGCCGUCUCACAAGAAAAGCACUGAAUUCCCUGCAGAAUAAACCGAGCAGUCCAGAGCACAACCGAACAGAGACGUGGUUAGUCUCAUGCUGCAGGUUGAGGCUGUGAGAUGGAGGCUGGAAAAGUGUACAGCAGUAACACAGUGCUUCAAGCUAGAAAAGCUGUGGAGCAGCUGAGACUGGAGGCCAACUUGGAAAGGAUCAAGAUCUCAGCUGCGGCUGCUCAGCUCGUGCAGUACUGUCAGGAGCACCGACGUGGAGAUCCUCUGCUCACAGGCAUCGCAGCGUCCUCCAACCCAUUCAAGGACAAGAAGACGUGUGUGCUACUGUGAGAAUCCAGAACUAUGUCUUAUAUAUGUACAUGUCCAUAAAGGCAAAGUAUGAAUAUGUUUCUAUUGUGCAUGCCACUUUAUUAAUUUUUUUUAUCUUUAUACUUUAUUAAAUGUGUAUGUAAAUCAA